AUGGCGGCGAUGAGGGCACAACUCCCACCACCAGAGUUGUCUGCCUCGAACAGGCAGGAGGAGAACGAGGUGAGUCAUCAUGGAGAAGCUUCUGAUCCUGUUGGCGGGGGAAGAAAGGGGCCUACUCCCAUCCGCCUCACCAACCUGCUUCCGUUCACGGAGGCCAUUAUGCAGGCGAACAUGCCAGACAAACCUCCCCCCACCUUAGAACGUUACAAUGGUUCUGAGGACCCUGACAACCAUCUACGUAAUUUUAUAGAUGCCAUGGCAUUCUAUACUGACAACGACCCGGUAAUAUGCAGAGCUUUUUCUUUAUCUCUUAAGGGUGAAGCUCUGGAGUGGUUCCAUAAUCUUCCACGGAAUUCAGUAGAUUGUUUCGCCACUAUCGAAUCCUUAUUCCGAAAGCAGUAUGCAGCCAAUAAAAAAUCGGCGGUGACUGCUGCGGAGCUUGUCCAUACCAAGCAGGAGAAGGAUGAGACCCUGAAGGCUUUUAUGCAACGGUAUAUCGAGACGGCCCGUCGCGUAAAGGAUAUCACUCCCGCUUUCAUUAUCAGCAAUCUAUCGUCCUGCUUAAGGCCGGGGCAGUUUGCGGAACAGUUGUAUGCUGAUCCCCCAGCAUCCAUGGAAGACUUGCAAUCCAUUAUUGCAAAAUUCAUCCGCAUCGAGGACCACCGUACCUCCAGAAAGAAACAACAUCAAGAUAUCUCCAAGAGGCAAGAAAACCAGUGA